AUGGAGAUUUGCAAAUUUCUUCUUGUGAGUUCAUACUCUUCAUAUUUCUUUUGUGUGUACACAGAUCUUUAUGGUUGUUUCUUGAGCUUCUAUGAUGUUGUCACACGACUCACACCUCGUAGAGGACCAUUCAAGAUCAAUGGUGUUCCUUUAAGAUGUGUUAAGGUGGUCAGAGAACUAUCUGAGCAAGCAGUAAUCUAUAAGUUGAAAAGAAUGAUACAAGACGUGCUUGGAAAUGAGUUCUAUGCUCGUGCUUACAUGGAGUCGAAUGUUAGAGUCAAGUGCUGCUCAUAA